AUACAACGAAAAGCACUCUGCCCAUUGCCAUCGAGACGGCAAGUGGGCGAUGCAGCCCAGCGGCGACAGCCGAGCGCUUCCUCCAGAAAGUCGUGCUACCGCCAGGCCCUUCGAGACAUUGCCCAAUUUGAACGUGGACCCCUUGGCGGACAUUGAGGCUGGCAUCUCACGCGAUGUCCACCAAGUCGAAGAGGUCGUGAAGAAACACAGUCGCGUCGUAACCUCGCGGAGAAUCUCCCGCAAGGUCACCCGAGACUCGAUCAAGGUGAUCGCGCGUCAGAUGGGGUCACUCAGUCGGUUCAAAAUCAAACGGCUUUCGAUGGUCUCGACCACGGAUCUCAAAAUGGACACCCUCACCCCGCACGACAUAAUGAUUACAUACGGAUUGUUCAACCUGGUGUUGAUCGCUGGGGCGCUGAUGAGCAUUGGCUCGGUCGUGUGGUGGUCCAGUUCGAGGUUUUCUGUGACAGCGUCCCCAGACAUGGACAUCGAAGUAGCCCACUACCUUAUUCAAGCGUUCACAAGUGCCGUGUGCGGAGUCUUUACCCGCAGGAUGUACAAGUUGCCCACGGGGGAGCGACAGCCAGUGCAGUCGACGAUGGCGCUGAUUGCAGUGGUGUAUGGGCUUGUUUCGUUAGGAGAAGUCGUAUUUGGCAUUGGCUUUUCCGGCGCCUACGGCUCCUGGGCGACGCGCCGUCAUUGCUGGUACGACGGCCACGGACGGGCGGUGAAUGUGGCCGUGCGGAACGUCCUCAAUGCCAUCCAAGCGGUGCUGCUAUACGCCGUCCUCAACUUGCUCUGCCGAUGCUUCAAGACACCCACUACCUCCAACGUGUCUACCGAAGUGGAAUUUGCAGUCUGGCCCUACGCGUGCUACGUCGUGCUGCGAGUGGUGCUGGGCUGCACGUUUGGGUUUGUGUUGGACUACCUCCCCAUGACCAACCUCGUCACAGUCGCGCGGCUGUACAUCCACUCGUCCGUGGAGGUGGCCCCCGGUAUCCUCAUCACAUGCGUUGUGAUAACUGCCAUCGACGGCGCGUUCUCGGCGUGGGCAUUCCUUGAAAUAUCCCAAGUGCGGCGGUCAUUUCGGCUCUGUUUUGUGAAAAACAUUUCCAAGUUCAUAGUCGCGUUCAACUUUUUCAUGAAUUACAACGUCAACAUGGUGUUUGCGCUUGUGGUGUGUGGCCACGGCGUGUCGUGGCUCGUUCCCACCGAGUACUAUGUGACCAGCUCCAAUGGCAUUCAGUGCACGGGCGCGACGGCCGCCAUCGUUGGCUUCCGGCUCACCAUCGUGGCAUGGCUGCUCAUCUCCAUGUAUGCGUGCCUACCCGCCGACGCCAUGGGGCUGCGGGGGUGGAUCCAUUCGUCCCCGGGGGGGCUCGAUGUCAAGACCAACCGCGUCCGGUACUUUGUACACCCGUCGGAUGUGUUUCAGACGGCGAAUUUCAACAUUUCCGACCUGCUCAAGCACUCGUCGUCGUCGGCGUCGUCUGUGGCAACGAUCGAUCCGCGGCAUUUCGUCCUGGAAGGGCAGAUUGAAAUGUUCAACUUUGCCUACUUGGCGUACGCGUGCGGCCACAAGGACUACUCGCAAGAGUUUAUGCACUUGGACAACAUGAUUGGCGACAAGCGGUUUGGCCUGGUGGAUCACAUCCACGAGCCCCACAACGACACGCACUGCUUGAUUGUGCAGUCGCCCGACAAGAUCGUUGUGGCAUUUCGGGGCACGACGAGCUGGAAGAACUUUCGGACUGACUUCAACGCCGCCCGCCGAGAAUACAAGGUCAGCUUUGACCACAUUGUGGACACUGUUGAGCCCGAGUACCGUCCUCAGAAUGUGUCGCGCGUGAAUUGCUGCAAGCGCAAGUACCCGUGGGUACACGAAGGCUUUUGGGUGGCAUAUCAAACUGUGGCGGGGCGGGUGCUCGCAGCGAUCGAAUGUUUGCACAGCCAGAGCCCGCGCCCGGUGUACGUCACGGGGCACAGCCUCGGGGGGGCGCUCGCCAUCCUGUGCAGUUUGGACGUGGCGCUAAAGUGGGGCUCCCACCAUGUGACGUGCACGACCUUUGGCUGCCCCCGCGUCGGCGGCAACGCGUUCAAGAAACUGUACAACGCCCACGUACCCGCCACGUUUCGCUUUGUCAACAGCCGCGACCCCAUCUGCCACUCCCCCAUCCGGACGCUUUGGGACUCGUUCACGGAGGUCGGGACCACUGUGCUGCUCAAUGACUUUGGCAACAUGAUCAUCAACCCCAACAUGCUCGAAUACAGCAUGCUCAACCGUGGGGUGUCGAUGGAAGCGCACAAGUUGACGUUUUACCAGCUGUCGCUGCUGCUGUGGUGCACUCGCGCGCACGGGCGAACGUUCGAGCCGCAGUUCUGGCCCCACUCGCUCCAGCAGCUGCGGUGGUUGUGCGGUCACAUCCCCGAAGUGCUGCAGUAUUUAAGUCGCAGCUCAUUGCUCGGGGGCGGGCACCCCAUCUCCGAAGACGUCCGCCUCCUGUCUAUCUUGCGCCACGUCCACAAGAACGUCCAGCCCACGUCGACCCGACUUGGGAUAUUCAAGCGAGAGGUGGCGUGCUUGUCGUGCAAAAGCAUGAUCGAGUCACUCGUCGAGAAUGCAAUUGUGCCGACAGAAGCCGAGGCAGUGGAAGUGGGGCGCAUUUUGCUGGCCAAGGGCCACAUCAACAUGGUCGGCGGCAUCGUGUUCAAUAAGCACGGCCACUUUGUCCUGAUCCAAGACUCAAAACCCCGACGCGCGAGCGUUCAGCACGACGAAGACAUUAAGUAAACAUGGGCUGGUUUGAAGUUGUUUGGGAAAAGGAACUACCAGUAGCGCCUCGUCCAUAUAGCAUAACGUUGGGUGACUUUGUGUAUGCUAGCACCCCGCCAAAUAACUUUUCGCCUCCAAGUAAACAGAAACGAGUGUUGUUGUGGA